AUGGAUUUCGUCUCAUCUCUACUCGUAGGCUUAGCUCAGUUGUUGUGUGAAUCUAUGAAUACGGCGGAGAGAAGUGUUCACAAGACUGAUCUUAAGCAAGCCAUCGGCGAUCUUGAAACAUCCAUCGCUGACCUGAAGGCCAUACGUAACGACCUGAAAUUACGGGUCCAACAAGACGAACUAGAGGGACGAAGCCGCACGAGCCGUGCUACAACCUGGCUCGAGGCGGUGGAAGCAGCGGAGAUCAAAACAGACUCGAUUCUUGCGAGGUUUAUGCGCCGGGAACAGAGGACGAGAAUGCGGAGGAGAUGCUUCGGUUGUGGCGCCGACUACAAACUGAGAAGGAAAGUUUUCGCGACAUUAAAGAGCAUCGGUGAGCUUAGAGAACGUUCUAAAGAGAUCAUAAAAACAGAAGGCGGCUCCAGUCAACAGACUUGUAGGGAGAUACCGAUCAAGUCCGUGGUCGGUCUUAACGCGAUGAUGGAACGGGUUUGCGAGUUUCUCAGCGAAGAAGAAGAAAGAGGCAUCAUCGGUGUUUAUGGACCUGGUGGGAUCGGGAAGACGACGCUAAUGCAGAGCAUUAACAACGAGCUGAUCACAAAAGGUCAUCACUAUGAUGUACUAAUAUGGGUUACAAUGUCAAGAGAUUUCGGCGAGUGUACAAUCCAGCAAGCUGUUGGAGCGCAGUUAGGUUUAUCUUGGGACGAGAAAGAGACAGGGGAACAUAGAGCUAUGAAGAUACACAGAGCUUUGAAACAGAAACGGUUCUUGUUGUUUCUUGAUGAUGUCUGGGAAGAGAUAGACUUGGAGAAGACUGGUGUUCCUAGACCUGACAGGGAAAACAAAUGUAAAGUGAUGUUCACGACACGGUCUAUGGCACUGUGCAGCAACAUGGGUGCGGAAUGCAAGCUGAGAGUGGAGUUUCUAGGGAAGCAAAACGCGUGGAAGCUCUUCUGUGAUAGAGUUGGGAGAGAAGAUGUUUUGGAGUCACCGUCGAUUCGUCGUCUAGCUGAGUUUAUAGUGAGCAAGUGUGGAGGAUUGCCACUGGCGUUGAUCACUCUAGGAGGAGCCAUGGCUCACAGAGAGACAGAAGAAGAGUGGAUACACGCGAGUGAAGUUUUAAACAGGUUUCCAGCAGAGAUGAAAGGUAUGGACUAUGUGUUUGCCCUUUUGAAAUUCAGCUACGACAAUCUCGAGAGCGAUCUGCUUCGUACUUGUUUCUUGUACUGCGCUUUGUUCCCUGAAGACCACUCUAUAGAGAUCGAGCAUCUUGUUGAGUACUGGCUCGGAGAAGGGUUUCUCACCGCCUCACAUGGGGUCAACACUGUAUACAAGGGGUAUUUCUUGAUCGGAGAUCUGAAAGCGGCGUGUUUGUUGGAAACAGGAGAUGAGAGAACACAGGUGAAGAUUCAUAACGUAGUCAGAAGCUUUGCAUUGUGGAUGGCAUCUGAGCAGGGGACGUACAAAGAUCUGAUUCUUGUAGAGCCUAGCAUGGGACUUAGUGAAGCACCUAGAGCAGAGAAAUGGCAACAAGCGUUGGUGAUUUCCUUGUCGGAUAACAAGAUCAAGACCUUGCCUGAAAAGCCCUUAUGCCAGAAUCUGAGAACACUGAUGCUCCAACGGAACGGUUCUUUGAAAAAAAUUCCAACAGGUUUUUUCACGCAUAUGCCUGUUCUCAGGGUCUUGGACUUGUCCUUCACAGGUAUCACUGAGAUUCCACUGUCUAUUAAGUACUUGGUGGAGUUGUAUCAUCUUGCUAUGUCAGGAACAAAGAUAAGUGUGUUGCCGGAAGAGCUUAGGAAUCUUAGGAAACUGAAGCAUCUUGAUUUGCAAAGAACUCAGUUUCUCCAGACGAUCCCAAGAGAAGCCAUAUGUUGGCUGAGCAAGCUCGAGGUUCUGAAUCUCUACUACAGUUACGCUGGUUGGGAACUGCAGAGCUUUGGGGAAGAUGACGUAGAAGAAGAAGAAGAAGAGCUCGGUUUCGCCGACUUGCUACAUUUGGAAAACCUCACCACACUCGGUGUCACUCUUCUCUCACUCGAGACCUUGAAAACGUUCUAUGAGUUUAGUGCCUUGCACAAACGCAUACAGCAUCUGCACGUUGAAGAGUGCAAUGGUCUCUUUUACUUCAACCUCCCAUCAAAUGGUAGGAGCCUAAGAAGACUUAGUAUUAAAAGCUGCCAUGACUUGGAGUACAUAGUCACACCCACAGAUGCUGAAAAUGACGACUGGCUUCCAUGUAUAGAGGUUCUGACGUUACACAGCCUUCAUAAACUAAGCAGAGUCUGGGGAGAUUCUGUAAAGAAAGAGUGUCUACGUAAUCUCCGUUGCGUCAACAUUUCACACUGCCACAAGCUGAAGAACGUCACGUGGGUUUCGCAACUAUCAAAGCUAGAAGUGAUUGAGCUGUUCAACUGUAGAGAGCUAGAGGAGCUGGUAAGUGAAGACGUUGAAGAUCCAGCAUUGUUCCUAGGGCUCAAGACUUUGUCAAUUAGGGAUCUCCCUGAACUAAGCAGCAUCCUCCCAUCUCGAUUUUCUUUUGAAAAUCUUGAAACUUUAGUCAUCACAGGUUGCCCCAAAGUGAAGAAACUGCCAUUUCAGGAAAGAGUCCAGACAAACUUGCCAACAGUUUACUGUGAUGAGAAAUGGUGGGAUGCACUGAAAAAGGAUCAACCAACGAAGAGCUUUCUUGUUUACCACGUUUUGUUCCUAAUUGAUAACUCAGUUAUUGUAUAG